AUGGCCACGAUAAAAACGCUGUUCAAUAAAUGUCAAAUUUUAAAAUCGAAAACACCGCUAUUAAGUACAUUUAUCCAGCAAAAUGGAAUGUCCCAGUACCCCACGUACUACAUUAACCCAAUAUACAAAAAAGACGCCUUAGAAGCUUUAAUUAAGUCGGGUGAAGAUCAAAAUUUGAAGCACAUACCUACGAGAGCUGCUUUGAACAAUCAAACUUGCUCUACAGCUCAUGAUGAUCUGGUUAAUUUGUUUGUAAAUUAUGUAAUGAAAGAUGGUUUAAAACCAUUGGCGAGAGAUCUUGUUGCCCAAUCUUUUGAAAGUGUUAAAAGGCUGCAGUUGGAGAAGUACCACAAAUGCCAGUCUGAAGAGGAGAAAGCUAAGAUAGAGUUGAACCCCAAAACUAUUUUUUAUACUGCCAUUAACAAUUGCAAGCCUAUUUUACACUUAACGCCCAUUAAAAGAGGUGGUGUCAGAUAUCAGGUUCCUGUACCGCUGACAGAUAAAAAAUCCGAAUUUUUGUCGAUGAAAUGGCUGAUCGCAGCGGCAAAAGAAAAAGACUCCACUGUUAGGUUUCAUUUACAGUUGGCUAGAGAGUUAAUAGAUGCUGCAAAUAAUACUGGAAGAGUUAUUAAGAGAAAGCAAGAUUUACACAGGCAGUGCGAAGCUAAUCGAGCCUACGCUCACUAUAGAUGGAGUUAA